UGCCAUUAAAAAAGUCUUCCAAAGUAGUGAAGGGAAGAUAGAUACAAAGCUAGCAGAAAUGUUACCUUCUCCUAAAUUCCUGCAAUCCCCCUCUCAAUUCCUUCAUCCUCCAAUACCACCACCGCCGUCAGCUCCACAACUUCAAAGCACACCCACUCCCACUUCUUCUCCCAAUAUCACCAAGCAAUGCUGCAAAUCCUCCCGGAGAGAGCUUGCAAUUGGCAGCAGCACUUCUUUGUUACUUCUCCCAUUCCUCCUGUCCAAGGCACAAGCUGAAGAAAACAUGGCAAAGGACACCAAUAACACAAGUGAAGGACAAGAAGGAAACUCCAACACCUCUCCCAGCUGCACCAACAUAAAACCAACAAGGAAAGCAUUCCUUGACAUAUCCAUUGAUGGAGAACCCGUCGGCCGCAUCGUUAUCGGGCUCUAUGGAGACAAUGCCCCAGCUGGAGCAGCCAGAUUCAGUAGUCUUGUAAGUGGAGCUGCUGGAAUAAGCCACAGAAGGAAAGAGUUCAUUAAGAUCAUGCCCAAUUAUGUGCAGCAUGGUGGGGUAAGAUCCUAUGGUGUGGAUGCUGAGCUUGCAAAGAGUACGGGAAGCGAAUUGGCAGCUCAAAAUCUCAGUGAUGAAUGGCAGAGAAUGUAUGAAGAGUGCCCAGGGACUAAGAACUUGGCAGGAACUGUGAGCAUCAUUGUGAGAGAUCCUUCAAAACCGCCUCCAAAAUUGAAGUUGGUGGCACGGAAAGGGAAGCUUGAGAUUGAUGAGGAGGAGGUCGGAGCCAACCCGAAUGGAACGGAGUUUGUGAUCGCCACAAAGGAUUCACCGGAGCUGGAUGCGUCGGCUUUAGUUGUUGGAAGAGUCUUGGGAGGAAUGGAGGUUGUGGAGAGGAUUGGACAGGUGAAGACUGUGAAUGAGAAUACUGCUUCUCCGUAUUUCAGGGUGGCCAAGCUGAUAGGAGAUAAGAGGGCAGUCGUGGCAGAAAGAGGCUUCAACCGUCCUUACUCAAAGGUGGUUGUCACAAAUUGCGGCUUAAUAGAGUAGAGCAUUGAUUGCCGUUCCUAGUAAACCCAUUUCUGCUAUACCAUUUUUGGUAGAAGAAAAGAAUAUUUCCGUGUAGUAAAACAGUAUAAUCCAAAAAAAAACACCCUUUAAUACACUCUUUCUGAUUAUUGUAAGUUGCCUCAAUAAG